AUAUGCCACCCUUGUGGAAGAGUUUAUUCCUUUCCUCUUCAGGGAUCAAAGAAACAAUUGUAUUCAAAUCCAUACUUGCGUCGUGAAGAUAAAGGUUAUGAACACUUCAGUUUCUGCAUUUGCUUUUUCAACACUGGAAUCUUCACUGAGUUCUACAAACAAGAAUCACUCUAGCAAUGACGAGUCCCGUAUACUGAGCCAGCUUUCCGAUCUUUUGCCUGUAGCAAGUGACAACUCUAUUGCUGUAAAUUCAUCCGCUAAGCAAUUGGAUAUCAGGGCUGUGGACGAUUUUUUGCCACCUGAAGAUAAACUGCGUGGUGUUUUCCUGCAGAAAUUCAACAGCAAAAGUGCAAUUUAUCACGCGUUGAGUGGCGUCGGCAUAGAACUGAACACCGAUAUUUUUGCAAAAGUAGUGAAUGGAGGGAACUUAUGUGGGGAAUCGAUGGUUGUGUUUUUUAAUUGGGCAAUUGAGCAGCGGAAUUUUUCGAAGGGCAUUGAUUCUUACCAUAUAGCACUUAAAGCAUUAGGUAGGAGGAAAUUCUUUGUGCAUAUGAUGGAAAUACUGAAAGAUAUGAGGGAUAAAGGAAUGAACCCCAAUCCAGAAACCCUGUUUAUUAUUAUGGAUAGUUAUGUUCGAGCUCGCCAGGUUUCUAAAGCAACUAAAGUCUUUGGAGAACUGGAGAAGUAUGGCUUACAAUGCAAUGAGGAAACAUUGCGUGUUUCCUUAAAAUGUUUGUCUCAGCGUUCAUAUGUAGGCGCUGCAUGGUCAUUGUUCAAUAAGAUGAGAGAUAAGAUACAGCGUGAUUGCAUAAUGUAUAACACUAUCUUAGGUGGGUGGUCAAAGUUUGGUCGAGUUACUGAAGUUGAGAAAAUUUUGAAGGUGAUGGUGGAUGAUGGGAUUGAACCCGACUCUGCUACUUAUAGUUAUCUUAUUGAGAGCUUUGGGCGAGCUGGUAGAGUUGAUGAUGCUGUUAAGAUUUUUAAGUACCUGGAGGAGAAGGGGAAUCUGCUGAGUGCUGAGGUUUACAAUGCCAUGAUUUUUAGUUAUAUUGCCAAUGGCGAUAUUGAUGGGGCCUUGAAAUACUAUGAAGAGAUGCUGAAUAAUUGUUUUGAGCCAAACGUGGAUACUUACAAUAGAAUUAUAUUGUAUUUUCUCAAAUAUAGAAGAGUUUCAGAUGCUAUUGAAAUGUUAGAUGAGAUGCUAGGUCGAGGUAUAAUUCCUUCAGUGGGAACUGUGACUGAAUUCCUCAAGCCCUUGUGCAGCUAUGGUCCGCCACAUGCUGCAUUAGUGAUUUAUAAGAAGGCAAGAAAAGCAGGAUGUGGAAUAUCGUUGGCUGCCUAUAAGCUGUUGCUAAUGAGGUUAUCUAGGUUUGGCAAGUUUGGAAUGCUGCUAAAUAUAUGGGAUGAAAUGCAGGAAAGUGGUCAUUCUUCUGAUAUGCAGGUUUAUGAGUAUAUCAUAAACGGUCUCUGCAACACAGGGAAGCUUGAAACUGCUGUCCUAGUUAUGGAGGAAUGUAUUAAUAAAGGGUUUUUCCCCAGCAAGAUCAUUUGCAGUAAACUUAAUAACAAGUUGAUGGAUUCAAACAAAGUCGAGAUUGCAUACAAGCUCUUUCUAAAGUUAAGGAAUGCCCGCACAAAUGAAAAUGCACAAAGAUACUGGAGAGCCAAAGGAUGGCAUUUUUAAGCUCUGUGGUCUAUUAUAGUUCGAUGGUGGCAGAUCUCCUGUCACUUUUGUCUUCCGGAUACGUUGUUCAAUGGAAAAAAAGGAGCAUCUG